AUGGCCGGAAUCCCGAAAACCGCGCAAGCUCUCUUUGACAAGGAUGCCCUUCGCAAGCAGCUCUCCGGCUUAGGCUUGGUCGCCUUCGUGGGCAACGGGGCGAUCCUCCCUCGGAAACUUGGGUGUAUGCGGCAGCUGUUCAAAAACCGGUCGCCGUGUUUGGUUCGGAUCUCUUGGAAGGAAACGGACUCCGUCCUUCAAAAUGGGCUUCCGGUGCCCACUCCCUCUAUCGUCCAUCUCAUGUCAGAUGAUACGCACUUCGAGCUAUUGAUUGGCUCUGACUUGGAUCGAGAUGUUACUGGCAUGGGGAUCCAGAAGGGUGUGACCCUGAUCGUUGGCGGCGGCUUCCACGGCAAGAGCACACUGCUGCAGGCGCUGCAGCUGGGCAUUUACAACAAGGUUCCCGGAGACGGCCGGGAGCACGUGGUUUGCGAUCCCCAAGCAGUGAAGAUCCGUGCUGAGGACGGCCGAUCUGUCAAAAGUGCGGACAUCUCUCCGUUCAUCAACAAUUUGCCCUUCGGCAAGCAGACGCAGCAAUUCAGCACCGGUGAUGCCUCGGGAUCGACGUCGCAGGCCGCCAACAUCGUCGAAGCAUUAGAGGUCGGAUGCACAACCCUCCUGGUCGACGAAGAUACUUGUGCGACCAACUUCAUGAUUCGUGAUGAGAAGAUGAAGGCGCUCGUGGCCCCGGACAAGGAGCCAAUCACUGCCUUCGUAUGUAAAGUCCGAUCGCUGCUGGAGGAGCAGGGAGUCUCCACAGCGACUCGGCAUCAGGUCGCACGGGUCUGCAGGAAUCAGAACCUUUUCUUCUCCGCUCGCUCUCUCUCUCUCUCUCUCUCUCUCUCUUUUUGUCUAUACAUACAUACAUACAUACAUACAUACAUACAUACAUACAUACAUACAUACAUACAUACAUAG